AAAGAACUCUCGGCUCACACGAGCAUGACGUCAUGCGCUCGGACCAAGCCGUGACCCGCUGCUCCUGCUAAGCUAAGGUGGUUCGUACCAACAGAUGGUCCGCGUCAAACGCUCCGAAAACCCGCUUUCCUAUGAAAUGUGCCGCAUUAAGCGAUAACGGCGCAGUCGUAGGAAGAGCUACCCACCGCGGCAGCAGCGUUUUCAGUGAGCGCCAGUCACUCUCCGGGAACGCAUGCUUGUAUUUUAAGUUUACCGCAGCUAGCUGGCUAGCUCGUCAGCUCACCAAAAGUGAAACAGGAACGAGACUGAAAGCUCCAGGAGUUUGACUUCAGCACAACCAAAACAAGGGAUGAGGAGCGGAAUAUGAGUCCUGAGACCGGAGAGCAGGAGCCUAAUAACACUCAGGAAAAUGGACCCUUGAAGAAGGAAGUCAUUCAAAUAGAGAUGCCUCCGCCCUGUAACAUGUCUGAAGAAAACGCCACCGGAGUACAAGAUACAGAGGAAUCUCCUGCUCGCAGUCGUCAACUUGCAAUGCAGUGCGCUUUGGGCUCUGCCCAGGAAGAGCACGCCAAAGCAGGUUCUGAGGUUUUAAAAGCACCAGAGAUAGAAGAAAAAAACCCCACGCAGGACAAAAUCCCAGAGGGCACCUCUCUGACACCUGAGGCGGUCUGCUGUGAAAAAACUCUGCCUUCCGAGGCAAACACAACAGUAGAGCAAACUGCAGUGAGCACAACUCAUCAUGACGAAGAAGAAAAAGUGACUGUUGAAGCUGCAGCUAAACCAUCAGGGGAGUUUUCUGAAAAUCACCAAGUGUCAUCAGUGCCAAACGUGCUGUUGGCUGCAGCAGCCCCAGCAGCCCAGCUGUCGUCUGUCUCUGUGGGAAAGCAGGAGCCUGAACCUGAGCCUCUGACAUGUGCUGAGACAGAGGAUUUAAACAGCAGGGAGCCCAGUCGUGAAGACCCACAAAGCCUUGGUGCCUCCCAGUCGUCUUCUGGAUUGGAGCCCUCGGGACUCGACCACAGCGGUGAGGAACAGGACUCCGCCAGCUCAGUGAAGGAGCCAGAAACCACAGCUCCAGCAGACGCCAGAGAGAGGCCAGUGGGUUCAGAGUUUGAGAUAACAAAACAAACAAGCUUGGCGUUAGAUGAAGAUAAAAGGCCAGAUGCUGAGUGUACACCUACAAUGUCAGAGGAGGUCGCGUCCUUGGAGAAAACCAAGCAGGAAACAAUGUUAGUGCAGGAUAAUGGUGAAGAUCUCCCCAAGGUGAAGGGGAACGAUGAAGAGAUAAAAGAGGAGAAAGUAGAGGCAGAGAGCGUUCCCACUGAGGCCGAGACUGAACCUGUGAAAGAUGCUGAAGGCGAGGAGGUUACAGGAAAAGAGGAGCAGCUGGCAGAGAGCGCAACCAAGAAUGUUAUGGCUGAGGCCACGGAGAAGGAAGACAGUGAAGAAGAUUUGUACAGAGGCGAAGAGGAGCUGUCUCCGAAUAAAAAAUCUGGACCACUGCCCGAGCUGGAGACCAAACUUUUAAAGGUGGAGGACAGAUGCAGUUUGUCACCGGCGGUGAAUAUUCUGUUGUACAGUGAGAGGGAGUGGAAGGGAAAUACUCCUAAAAGCGCUCUCAUUAAAAAGGGGUAUAAGGAGAUGUCCCAGAGCUUUGCAAGCGUAAGAAGAGUCAGGGGGGACAACUACUGUGCCCUCAGAGCCACGCUGUUCCAAGUGUUGUCCCACAGCACCCAGCUGCCCACGUGGCUGCAGAAUGAGGACGUCAUCAUGCUGCCGAAACAACUGGAGGCUCAGGAUGGGCUGAUAAGUCAGUGGACAUUUCCUGGAGUGUGCCUGCAGAGAGACGGGACAGGAGAUGCCGUCCAGCAGCUUAAAGGCUACAUGGAGCUUCUCCGUAACACGUGGCAGGCAGCGGUGGACUGUGCCACCGACGCUGAGCGUCAGCAGCUCUGUGAACAAGUGUUUCAGGGUGGAGAAGACGAGCUCGGUCUGCUGGAGGCUCUCAAGCUGCUGAUGCUGAGCAGAGCGGCAGAGCUGCACAGCUGCAUGCAGGGCGGUGAAGACGUCCCGCUCUUCUGCUGGCUGCUGUUCGCACGGGACUCCUCCGACUGUCCACGCUCUUUCCUCUCCAACCACCUCAGCCACGUGGGCCUGACCGCAGGUCUCGAGCAGGUGGAGAUGUUCCUGCUGGGCUACGCCCUGCAGUGUACCAUUCAAGUUUACAGACUGUACAAGGCAGACACAGAGGAGUUUGUCACCUACUACCCAGACGACCAUAGGGACGACUGGGAAUCUGUGUGCCUCGUCACAGAGGAUGAUCGCCACUACAAUGUGCCUGUUGUAGAAGCUGCAGAAACACAAAAGGAGCUCCCCUCCAGCUGAUUGCCGCUGCAUUAAAACCUCCUGCCAUACAAACACCCCUCAGGUUGAUCAACAUGAAUAGAUUUACCAAUUAAAGGUAUAGUUUUGGGAAGUGUGCUUAUUAAAUGACAGCCAGCAGCAGGUUUGCUUAGCUUAGUACAAAGAUUGGAAGUAAAGGGUACAAACAUACAACCACCAGCACUUUUACUUGUUUUUUUUACUUUAAUCCACACAGAAAGCAAUGCAAACAUCUCUAGUAGAUGGUGAAAAAACAAGAGCUUUUCUGUCAUUUAAUUGGUUAUCCAUUACUUAAUUACUGUGGUGCAGUAUGUGUGGCUGUAGAGGCGAUCUUAAUCAGUAGGAAAAGCAGUAAACCGCACAAAAACACGGUCCAAUGUAAGUCCAGGAUUUCUUACAUUGUCUAAAGAUAUCCAGUUGGCCAGAUUGGAGUCUUUGCCAGGCUGAUUCCAGCCCCCGGGACUUGCGUUUUAAAUGUGUCAAUUAAAAAUUUGACAUUGUGCAAACAUUUUGCAUGUAUUUUAGGAUCUACAUGAAACAGUCGAUCACAUUCCACGUUAAUGAAAAGCAGUAGCCUUGCUUUCAUCCAUGCAAGCACACUCCGGUGCAGAAUGUGGUUAAACCCGGCUUCUGCUGCUUGUUUAACCAGCUAUUUCAGCAGCUGACUAGCUUAUUAUUUAAAUAACUAGUCGGUAUUGUUUGACAAAUCUUAUGGUCUGCUGUGUAGUAGGGCCCAUUCAAUAAGUUUUUGCUGCAGUUUUAGUGAGUUACUGCCUGAGUGUUGCGCUGAUUACAGAGCGUAUCCGUCUAUGCACUGCACCCAUACAGUUUUGUAUGUGGAGCUUUUUGGAUAACCUUGCGAGCAUUAGCUGACAGACUGACACGUCUGGCCCCAAAAACUAAAGUGCUUAAGGCCAUUAAGCAAAUGUAACGUCACAGUGGCUGUGUCCAUCUUCUAUAUACAGUCUAUGCUUUUGGCAGAGAACGGCUAGCUGUUCCCCCCAGGUUACAGUCCUUAUGCUAAGCUAAGUUGGCUGCCUCCUGCUUCACAUAUCUAACUCAGCAAAUAAGCACACGUCCCAAAAAUCUUGACCUAUUCCUUUAAAACAAAAAAAAAAAACAACACACAACAAAAUGCUGAUUCAAGACCACGUACAAGAUUUGGUUUACAUAUUCUUGUACACACUGUACUGUAUAAACAGUUUUCUAUUUGGAUAUGUGUACAUAUCGGAUAUCCUGUGAUUAUCUCAGAUAGACGCAGAUUCCUUUGCAGGGUGUCAUUUUGGAAGGGAAAAAAAAGCUCAAAUUUUCUCAGAAGCCUUUUUUUUUUUAAUGUAAAAUUUUGAGUGAAGCUGCCAACAGCGCCAAAAAGUUUAGGUGGAUGGUAUUUACACUGGAUGUUGGGCACUUUGAGUAUUAAUUUAUUGUUUUGUUUUUUGAAACAAGUGUGACCGUCUAAAUUCAUUAAGUGAAGCAGCUGAGUUAGUCAAUGAAGGGUUGGACGAUUUAUCAGGUUCAAUACCAGAUGACGAUCAGAAGAUUACUCGCAUCCUCUGUGUCAGAGGUGUGAUUUGUGACAGUCUGUGAGUGCAUGUGUGUUUGACUUUGUGUGUAUGUGUGUUAAACUCAAUGUGUAACAUGCUGCCUUUUAACCAAGCUGUUCUGAAGGGAAGAAAUGUGCCAAUGUUGCUGCUAACACUGGCAACAGACCCAACCACCAGCCACUGGACUCAGAAAAGGCUUGCUUGGUCCUCCAUGUUGCCUUAGAAAUAAUGCACAGUAAGAAUGAAUGUUGGAUAUUGGUGAUAAGAGGCCAUUUAUAUGUCCAGAGCAGGUAAAGGUGAUUAAAGAAAAGAAAAUGUUAUGCUAUUUGCAGGAAUGUUCUUGCACUGUCAAAAGUUUUGGAUAGCAUUUAAAUGAAAUUUUUUUUGGGGGGUAGAGUUCUGGAUUGAGGUCUGUAGACAAAAUAAAACAGUGUAAAAACGUUCUUAAA